UUUAGUUCCCGUAACUCCCACUUAACCCGUAGCUUUUCACCGUACACGCCGCACAUGUUAGCUCCUAGCCUUAGCCCGCACCUAACGUCACCGAUGUACGAACCCACCGAAACGCCGCCGGAUGAAAUAUUCCCCACGGAUACGAUGGACAUAGACUGGGGAUCGGGAGAUUACUUGGAGACGAUGUCGUUUUUGGGAUCGGACGGAAGCGACUAUCCUUUGGUUACGAAGGUGCCGACGGAAAUGUUCGAUAUGGACGAGGACACGGAAAGCUACGAUACGUCCUUCCCGACAAGAGUGGGCGUAUCUCUGACGUCACUGCAGCAUUUUUCAAGCUUGCCAAGCCUUACGACGGCGCAUUUUGCCUCGCCUCACUUCACAAUCGAGCCUACGCCAGCUAUGCCCUCGCACGCCGACGUAGCAGAGUCCGCGAACUUGGACUGGUCGGAUCAUUUCACCAUCGAGCCGACCGACGUCCUCCUGCCCGAUAUGAACAGCUUAGAGUAUUACACAACGCAACAGGAGAAUUCAAACAGCGGCGCAGAGCAACGAGGUAACGUAACUGUGGUCGCUGUGUCAGAAAUUACGCCAACGGUUAGUUUGGAUAAUUUGACCAAAGAGGAAUCGUCGAGCGAUUUGUCAGGGGCGGAGUCUAGCUUUGAGACGACUAUGACGCCUGUAAACGCUUCUGAAAACGCUCUUGAACCAUCGAAAACGGUGACCAAUUUUCCGUCAACGUGGGCGAGUGAAAUCACGGCAAGUACAAACGCGGAAAGCAGCUUGUUUAGUAAUGCAACAGCGUCGGUUACGAAUGACGUUAUCCCGUACUCCUCGCUAACGGACGUGCACUGGUUUGUCACCGAACCUUUCCCGGAAACUGGCGUGCAAUCAACACCAGUUUUGACGUCGACUGUAGCGUUCUCGUCUCUUCCGACUGAUGUUUACGACACCUCAACGCACUUUACGACAUCGCAAAACACUCCGACAGACAACGCUACUAUCCCGGUUUCAAACGUAAACACGGCCGCCACGGAAACCCCGCUAACAGUGUGGGAUCAGGGGUCGACCGAAGAUGGAAGCGACAUCCCCGCCACGAUGACCUUGUUACCAGAAAGCAGCGAGGCAGACACAGGAGCUACAACGACUGAACCGACUGUCAGCAUCACUCCGCGUCAAACCACCCCGAAAGUGACCACAGCAACCGAAAUGUCCAACGACGUCAGCGUCACUCACCCCAUUCGACCUGUGGCUACAACCCAGCCCCCCAAACAGUACCUCUGCGACAUCAGCAGACCGGAGUACUUGGUGAAAAUAGGUUUUCCCUUCGGAGCGACCAUUGGAUACGCCAAAUCUCAGGUCCGAGACAUCCUGAAGGCCGAGUUUAACAAAUCAGUGGAGAUACAGGUCGUCUCGGUGCCUCCAAAGUUCGUGUUCCGCGUGGCGUCCGGUCCAGUCGUGUACACGUCCAUCUCCGUCAUCAACGCCCUGCAGAGGUCAGGACGCCGCUUCUUGUCCAUCUCCCCCAGCUGGGCCUUACCCGACUAUAAGUACCAAGUGCACACAGUUCUUCAGUUUGUCCCGAGUCACGUCGACAUCAGGUUCUGCAACUUCAGCGAGAACGUCGAGAGAGGUUUGACCAGGGCCUACGCGGAGGUCCGUCGGAGGUCGAAAAUGUCAACCAACUUCACCGUGCAUAUUGUAAACAUCACAAACUCCCCUCCCAAACCUCAGGCUGAGCUCGUGAGGCGGCCCGUGGACGUCGUGUUUACGGUGCGCGGUGCCAGAGGUCACGUGACGGGGUCAGAGGUCAGCGACACUCUCCUGAAGCUCACGAUGGUCGAGUUCAGCUACUACAUGGGCUUCCCCGUUCUGCAGAUCGCCGAACCGUUCCAUUACCCAGAGCUGAACACGAGCCGCCUGCUGCGCUCGUCCUGGGUCAAAACAGUCCUUUUAGGUGUGAUGGAUGAAAAAGUGAAUGAAAAGACCUUCCAGCCGAACAUGGAGCGCCGCGUUGCCAUGUUACUCGGGGAGGCGAUGGGUUCCGUGCGCCGGGUCAAACGGGCCACGACUGUAGGAAACAGCAGCGUCCAGGUCGUGAGCGCCGGGCGUCUGGCGGGCGAGGAUCACCCGUUGGAGAUUGUGUAUUUUGUGGAGGGUCCUGAUGGAGAGCGUUUACCUGCGGCGGAAACGGCCGGACUCCUGAACAGCCUGGACGUACAACGAGCCGCCAUCGUCCUGGGAUAUCGUGUCCAGGGGAUUCUGGCCCAACCGGUGGAGAAAGUGGCGUCGUCUCCGUCUGAAAACGUAAACACAAACUUGUGGAUCAUCGUGGGCGUCGUGAUUCCGCUGCUCGUCGUCAUCGUCAUCAUCUCCAUCCUCUACUGGAAACUGUGCCGCACGGACAAGCUGGAGUUUCAGCCCGACGCCAUGACGUCCAUGCAGCAGAGGCAGAAGUCCAUCAGUGAAUCAACGACGUCUCUGCUCCGCAAAACGCAGCCCUCGGACUCAGAGGAAGGAGAGUUUAGUGAGGAAGACGAGCGCGAGUCUGAGGAGGAAGAGAGCGAAGAGGAGGAGGAGGAGGAGGAGGAGAAGAAGAGUGCUGAAGGGGGGAAGCUGCAGACUCCCAGCGUCAAAGGCUUCGACUUCGCCAAACUGCAUCUCGGGCAGCAGAACAAGGAUGAUGUCAUGGUGAUCCAGGAGCCGUCCGGACCUCCGCCCCUCCCCGCCUCCGUUAAAGAGGGUUUGACUCCAUCAGAGAACGGGGAAAUACCCACUCCUGCUUCCAAAGGCUCCUCCACCAAAGGCUCCUCCACCAAAGCCUCGCACGCCAGCCGGAGACGAGAGAGGAUUUCGCCUUCAGACGGUGACUCUGUGGUCACGGACCAUUCCAGCGAGCGGGAAACUGCGGAGGACAACCUGAGAGGCCACGCCGCGCCCAGUGACGCCAAACACACUCGUAAGAACCACAUCAAUGUUUUAAACGGGAAGAAUAGAAUUGGUCCUCCUCCGUCGAACGGUCCGACUGAGCAGCUGUCGUCGGCCUCCAUCUUUGAUCACGUCGACAGAAUGUCCCGCGCCGCAGACGCAGGAAGGAGACCAAACAAAGUUCAGCUUAUCGCCAUGCAGCCCAUGUGUGUCCCCCCCCUGCACAGUCCUACGGCCAACAGAAAAGUGAACGACCCUGAGCAGAUAAACCAGGAGAUCCAAGUCGCUCUGAGGCAAAAGUCUGAGAUUGAGCAUCAUCGAAACAAAAUCCGUCUGCGCGCCAAGAGGAAGGGCCACUACGACUUCCCCGCCAUGGAGGACGUGACGAACGGCCAGAGCGACGCCAAGGAGCAGGAGCACGUCUACCACAAAGCCCAGCUGCAAAUAGAUAAGAUCCUAGACCCGGAUCCACAGACGCAGCCUGUUUUUAUAGAGCCCAAAAAGAGAGGACGGCGUUCCCCCCGACAGAGGAGCAGGGACCCGCUGAACGGAGGCGUGAUGGAGGCGGACAAAGACCAUCUGAUCAGCGACGACUGUGACGCCGUCUACAGAAAGUACCCCGGAGUCAACAAUGUGGCCUAUGUGUUGGACCCGGACCAAGGCCCGGGGUCUCCUCUGCGGAGUCCGUCGCCCGUGGACGACGUCUUCCUGGGUCCGGGUUGUUCUCCUCCGGGCCACGCCCCCCCUCCUCCCCCGUACAUGCCCCCGCAGCCGUCCAUCGAGGAGGCGCGGCAGCAGAUGCACUCCCUGCUGGACGACGCCUUUGCCCUGGUCUCGCCCACGUCUCAGGGCAGCACCGCCGGCAUCACCCUCCCCGGGGUCAACGGCAACCACCCCAGCUCCAGCCCCCCCGGACACUGGGGCCUUUCAUAUCAACCGGCCGGGCCUUUCUCCACCAGGUUUAGUGACCUGUCUCCACCUUUAGUCCAAGGCCGGACGCCACGACUGGGCCUUGGCUCCGGUUUCCUUCCACCAGGAGAAGCAGCAGGACUCGGUGAGCAGAUCCAAGCGGACAGCCUGUUCUCCAGCAGGGGGCACUACGCCGACGAGCUGCCUCCGUCCGCCCGACCUCGACCCGUGGGGAGCACUGCAGGUCUCCACCUCUCUCAGGUGGGGCUGCCCGGGCGGGUGAACGGUCACGCUGCAGGAGGGAGAGCCGCUCUGGGCCUUAACGGUGGAAUCGGGUGGAAUCCUUAUCACGACCUGGACAAAGACGCCAUGUCGAGGAGCGGUCUGAGGGAGGCGUCCGCUCUGCCUCCUCAUUUAGACACGUCUGGGGUGGGAUACCUCUCGGCUCCUCCUCCUCUGGACCCGGCUCCUCCCACUCACUCCUCUGCGUCUCUGAUCAAGGCCAUCAGAGAGGAGCUGCUCCGCCUCUCGCAGAAACAGGCAGCUGUGCCCAGUUUCCACAGCUAG